AUGGCUGACUCUACCCUCGUCAAAACAGCUCAGGUCUCGGCUAUCGUGACCGCCGCCGCUGCCUCCGGCGGCAUCCUCUCCAUCUCCCUCUUCACCAUCCCGUCCCUCAUUCUCAAGCGUGCACCACAAACCAACGGUCGCACCGCAACCACCCUCGGCGCACCGCUAUCCCACAUCGCGCGCCAAUGGCAUUCUGCCUACGACCUCGGACAUAAGCUCUUCCCCUCCAUGGCCAUAACCUCCAGUCUCCUCUACUCAUUCGCCGCAUACACACUCGGCCGCGAACGUGGCGUGACAGGUCGUCAGGUUGGUUUGCUAUACACCGCAGCCGGACUGAACGUCAUGAUCGCACCGUUUACGUUAUUGGCCAUUGUGGCUGUUAACAAUGUUAUCGUGACGUACACUUCGGGAAAGCAUGAUCUCCCCGCUGAUGGCAAGGAGGAUGCGCAGGAUGAGCAGACUGAAAAGGAGUUUGUCGGUCUGCUGGAGAAGUGGUCGCUGCUCAAUGCGAUUAGAGGUCUUUUCCCGUUGGCCGGGGCUGGGUUGGGUGCUGCUGUUAGCUUUGGAUUGCUGUCUUGA